AUGGCCAAAAAGAAAAGAGAUGCCCCGACUGCCAAUCGUGGGCCGCCGCUGGGUGAACGUGCUCUGUUGCAAGGGCGGAACGACGCUGUGACUGAGCUGCUGAGGCAUGUGUGGCCUGUGACGGCAUCGGUCAAGCUACGAAAGGAGGGAGUUUGCCAGAGCUACGACAACAGCUCGGGGGCUGUACAGGAAGGUGGCGUAUGCUUCUUUCCUUCUUUCCUUGUGGGUGGUGGUUGCCCAUUCUCUACACUACUGCGUAGCGCAGAAACCAGGGGGCUGUGGGGAACGACUGGCGAACGCUUGCCCAGCCGGCACGCUGAGUGCCGCGGAGAAUUGGGCGUUGAACAGUAUCCUGGCUCGUUCCCAUUCGAUGAUCCCCACUCGCCAUCGGCGCCAUCCCCCAUUGUCAAAUCGCCCAAACGGAGCCUCUUCCCCAAACGCCCCGUGCCCCCCUGCUGCACACCAUCGACAGCCUCCAGGUAUCGCUCGUGUACACCGAAGACGAGAACGGCGAUCGGCGCGACAAAGACCGACAAGGCAGUGAAGGCAGUGCACAGUCUAGCGGGUGAGUGCGGGAUCACCUAUAGCCAUUUGGAACGGCCUGUGUCUGUUGGUACGGCUCCUAUUAGCUGGCGAUUGGGGAUGGCUUUGGCAGAAACGCGACCGAGUUUGACAGUUCCAGGGAGAACAGGUACGCCAUACUUUGUCGGUGCACGGCAUGCAAAGGCAGCAGGAUCGAGGCUCAAGACUCAAGGCUCAAGGCUGCAGCUGGAAAAGCGGCCAAUGGCUAGCCAGGCACCAGAAGCCCAAAAGCAAAUGCCAAAUGACAAGUUUUUUGCCUUGCAGUCACCGGGUGCACAUGUGGGAGAAUACGGAAUACGAAGCGGGAUGCAUCCCGGUAUCUUGCCGCUGCAGCCUCGCUCUCGUCUUGGUUGGCUCGCAUACCGCCCAUCGCUGCCAAAAUACAUGACAAGAGCAGUCUGGUCAACAAUGAGACCUUACUCAGGGGCGCUGCACAUUUUAAAACGACGAAAAUUCGACGGGAUGGGAUAA